AUGGUGUAUUCUCUUGAAAGAGAAGAGAGCGCAAUGGCGAUGGGACAAGAGAGAUCAAAACCGCCGCUUCAUAAUUUUGAUCUUCCUUUCUUGAAGUGGGGGAAUCAAAGGCAACUCCGCUGCAUGAAAAUUCCCGACUCCACUACGGCCGCCGCCGCGGUGCGGGACAACAAGAACGAGAACAACGGAGGGAGAUUCUCAUUUGAGCGACAGCGCAGCAGCAACCGAUCUCCACCGACGAAAUUAGGCAAUUAUGAUACCCGGCGGUUCAAGGCGCCGAGGGAGAGAUUCGGAGGAGUGGAGGAAGGGAUUGAUGCGGUGAGGGAGAAGAUCAUGCUUGAUCUGAAAACGGCGGCGAAUAAGAUGAAAGACAAGAUUUUAAGGAAAGAAGUGUCGGAUGAUGACAGUGAAAUCGAAGAGGAGCAAUCUCUUCAAUCUCAGUCUCAGUCUCCGCAACGGUCUGUGGUUGCGGCGGUUGAGGAAACACGGGCGGAGCAGGAGGUGAGGCCGUGGAAUCUGAGGACGAGGAGAGCCGCGAUUGGUGGAGGUGGGAAUUCAAUUCUAGGGAAAGCGACUAGUAAUAAUUGUUCGCCUUUAAGAAGCGACAGUACUAAAUCGCCGAGAUUAAGAGGAGAUAAGAGAGAUAAAGAGGAGAAAGAGAAGGAGAGAGUGAAGUUUUCGGUGCCGUUAUCGAAGAAGGAGAUCGAGGAGGAUUUCAUGGCGAUAUUGGGCCAGAGACCUGCUCGUAGACCCAAGAAACGGCCCAGGAUUGUGCAGAAGCAGAUGGAUGCUUUGUUUCCUGGUUUAUGGCUAAUGGAGGUUACUGUUGAUACAUAUAAGGUGCCGGAGUUGCCGGAGGGCGGAAAGGUGAAAGUUAGCAAUGCUAGUGGUGGUCUUGGUUCGAGGUUCAAAUAUCAAGGCUUCUGUUUGCUGAAUACUCUAUCUCAACGUUUCUGGUAUACUCCAAACAAAGUUGACAUCGAUGCAGCAAAACAUGUGACGAAUGAGGGCAUUGUUGCUCGAGAAGAAUGA